AUGCCACCGCCGGCGCAUGCCGCCGGCGAGCAGGCGCGUGUGGUCGACGUCUGGGACGACAACGAGGAGGAGGAGCUGGCACGCAUCUCGGGCCUCUUCGCCGACUUCCCCAUCGCGGUCGUGGCCACGUAUGAAGACCUCCCCAGCCGCCCUCUCCGCCACAACGGCCGCCUCAAACUCUCGUUCUCGGACGGCGCCUACCAUGUCGUGCAGACGCAGCGCAACCUGGACGACCAGUGCGGCAUGAUGCACGACAGGAGCCGAGCCGUGCGCUUCUACCGGCUCGUCCUGGCACUCCUCGACCGGGACGGUCGCGUCGCCCUGGGCCGCGUCUGGCGGUUCCACGUAGGGGCGCCGCUCCCCGCCGACGACCGCCUGCUGCUCGAGCUGGGCGUGGAGCGUCCCGCCCGCCGCCGCGUCCACCGCGACCACAUCGGGAAGGCUCUGAGGCGCUGCAGGGCCGUCCAGAACACCGCCGUCACGUGGGUGACCUGCGACGGCGCCGAGGACGUCUACCACCUGAUGAACUGCUUCUACCACCCCCAAGUCGUCCGUGACAUGUCCCUCCGCAAGGACUUCGUGUGGAACGCCCGGUCCUUCUUUCCACAGCUCUACGACCUCCGUUUUCUCGCCGAGUGGCGGACGUUGGCGGGGGAGGAGCCCCCGCUGGCAGCCGCCAGAGCCGCCGGGCCGGCCGCGCUCCUCCGUAGCUUCCUCGCGCUGAUGAAGGAGCCGACUUUCGAGGAGAAGAUGGAGGGGUACACCGGGAUACUGUAUGGGGUGGGACAUUUGGAUACUCCUGACCUUGUCAAACUAUACAAGAUGACCUCUCAGGAGCUUGAGAGCCGGUUGAUGGCGAAACUUCGUGGUCGUACUAAAAGAUAG